UAGUUUGUAUUUUUAUGAGAUCAAGAACUUGAUAGAAAGAAGGCUAAAAUUCUGUCAUUGUUUUCUCUUUCCAGAUAUGAGAAAUGAGUGUUGGACGCAGAAGAUUAAAGCUGCUGGGAAUUCUGAUGAUGGUAAACAUUUUUAUUUAUGUGAUUGUAGAAGUCUCAAAAAGCGGCAGCCAAGAGAAGAAUGCAAAAGGUCGUGUUAUUAUACCACGCAGCAAAUUCUGGAGAAAAUAUACUCCUCACAAAGCUUAUUGGAACAAACAGCAACAGAAGCUUGAACUGCUGUACAACCCUAUUCUUUCCAAUAUGACUGUGGAUGAGAACUUAGUUUCUAACUCAAGUGUUCUCAGCUCCUGUGACCCUGACCCGUGGGUACCUUCAGAAGUUAGUGACUUUGCAAACUUGCCAGACAGGUUCAAAGACUUUCUGCUUUAUUUGAGAUGUAGAAAUUACUCACUAUUAAUGGAUCAGCCAAACAAGUGCAAGCAUAAACCUUUUCUGCUGCUGGCUAUUAAGUCACUUACACCCCAUUUUGAUAGAAGGCAAGCAAUUAGGGAGUCCUGGGGCAAGGAAAUAAAAUCAGGGGAUGUGACAGUCAAAAGGGUCUUCUUACUUGGACAGACCCCACCAGAGGAUAAUUUUCCUGAUCUUUCAGACAUGAUAAAAUUUGAGAGUGAAACCCACCAAGACAUUCUCCUCUGGAGCUACAGAGACACUUUCUUCAAUUUAACUCUCAAAGAGGUGCUGUUUCUUAAGUGGGUCAGCAGCAGUUGCGCAGAUGUCCAGUUUAUUUUUAAGGGUGAUGAUGAUGUUUUUGUGAAUACCCAUCAGAUCCUGGAUUACUUGAAGAGCUUAUCAAAGGACAAAGCCAAAGACUUAUUUAUAGGCGAUGUGAUCAAAGAUGCUGGACCUCAUAGAGAGAAAAAAUUGAAGUACUACAUCCCAGAAAGUGUUUAUGAAGGUUCGUAUCCUCCAUAUGCAGGAGGCGGUGGGUUUCUGUACUCUGGUGAUCUGGCAUUAAGACUGAAUAAUGCAUCUGACCAGGUACUCCUUUACCCUAUUGAUGAUGUUUAUACUGGAAUGUGCCUUCAGAAGCUUGGGCUUGCUCCGGAAAAACACAAAGGCUUCAAAACAUUUGAUAUCGAAGAGAAAUACAGAAAUAACAUAUGUUCUUACACAAACUUAAUGUUAGUACAUAGUAGAAAACCUCAAGAAAUGAUUAAGAUUUGGACACGCUUGCAAGAUCCACACUUAAAUUGUUAAUGUGCAUAAGUGUCUUAAGUCCAAAUAACUUUCCAGGUUUGGAUCUGACUUUCUUGGUGGACCAUUGAGGCUCUGUUCAAUAGUUUAAUUUUCUCUGGAAACUUUUUCCUGUACUUUUGAAAAUGAGAAUAAUACUAAAUUUGAGGGGAUGGAUUGAAGACUUGGUCCUGACUUUUCCACUGUCCUAGUGGUCAUUAUGUUUCAAUAUUCAUCUUAAUUUUAAAAAGGACUUACAGGAUGUAAUUAGUUGUCAGUGACUGGUUAGCUGUAUUGGAAACAGGGAUUGCCUACUACAAUGCAUCUUUCAUUAAUUGUGAUGGUGGAAGAUAAUUUUUUCCUUGAGUAGUGUUUGUGUGUGGAAACCACUGUAAAUUGAAAGCUCACAAAUUGGAGGAAUGUAGUUUUACUUUAAGUAUGAAAUGCUCUUAUGAGACUUUAACUAUUGAUUUUCUUAAUUUAUAGUUUUCAGUCUUUUUGCACCCCAGAACAGUAUUUUCUCCUUUACUUACGAUCUUUUGUGCAAAGCGUGCCUGUGUCUGAAGGAUUUACUCAUUUAUUGGAUGAUGCUUUUUUUACAAAAGGGUUUGAAACACCCCAUAGAAGAGCUGAAUAUACAAGGAAAAGGAAGAACAGAUUUUGUUUGGAGCUGGGCAGUUAAGUACAGCUAGGUCCACCCCCUGCCCAAAGCUUACGUGAGGUAAAGCUGACUUUGUUGCUCAUGUUAUUUAUGUGAAAAGCUGCUCUGGUCAGUCCUUGUUUUCUGUUUUGGCACUAAAUGUGAUCAGGUAGCUUGAUUUGAUGCAAAUAACUGAAAUUGCACAUUGCUUACAAGAGCAUGGUUUGGAUCUCCUGUAAAGCGGUAGCAAAUCUAGAAUUGUGCAGAUCCUAAGAGUUUUGAAUUUUGAAACAAACUUUGAAGUUGCAUGAUGUCUCAUGUAGAGUUAAACAUGUUCUCAAAACUCAGAUUUUCUUCUGUAUUUCCACAUCUUGCUUAUAAGAGUUAUUCUAAAUAGUGGUUGCUUCCUUUGUAUAUGUAGAAGUGCCUGUCUAUUUAUUGUUCAGAUUGAAGACCAAAACUUUUUCUUAAAAUAUAUUUUGUGUAACAUUUUAUUUGUAUAGUGUUGUCACUCAGAUAUUUAAAAAGAGCAUGAUAUUUUAAAUCUGUGAGAUGUGUAACAUGUUAAAUAAAGCUAAUUGCUAUUUUUGAAUUUGAAAAAUAAAUCGUGAUUUAAAUA